AUGGGUUUUCUCUUUUGGAAUAAGCCCAAAAACGAAGUUAUCGCUGAUGAAUCCACUGAAAAUAAGCAAGAGGAGGCAAAUGAACUUAGCCUUCAAGACUGCAGCGCUGCAGUGUCUACUAAGUCCUCCAAGUCCUCCAGAACGCUUGGAAGAAGGGGCACCUUAAGACGAUUUUUUAGCAUGAAGCGCAAGCCGCUGGAGGUUGAGCCUGCAGAUACGAUGGAGACAGUUGUGAGCUCUGUAAUGGACUCUCCUGAGCUAUUCAAUGCAUCGUACUUGUCGUUUGACGAGACAAGAGCUACCAACUUCAGCGGUAUACAGAGCAGCCCAGAGCUGGACAAUGCAGACGAGUAUCCUCAUUUGAGACGCACAGACAGUAGAAAGAAGCACAGCCGGAUGUCAAGCUAUCUUAAAAACAAGGAACCUGUUAACAGGAUGGACAGUUCAAACACAAUGGAAAAGGAACCACUCCCGAUACAACAGCUAUUCGAGCAGGAGUUUGAGGACAUAGACAAUCAAGAAAACACACUUUUGGUAAAUAGGGACAAUUCAUCAGAGAAAUCACAAAGAAACGGACUCAGAAGGUCACUCUCAAAGCUGUUUGGCAAGAAGGAUAAAGUAAAGACGGAAGGAAACAAGUCCAUACAAAACAUUUCAGACAAGAACAAGCCUGAUCCGGUUCCGAACUUCAGCUUCCGGUCUCUGAGGCUCAACGAUACACUGCGCAGUAUCAACAAAAGACCAGAAUCGCCGAAUCUGGCCAAUGUGGCCGUGUUCCCUGCCGUUUCCAAAAUAAUUUGUGCGUUUGGGGUGGAGUCCGAAACAAGCACCCAAUUCGAGGUCUUUGAGCUCCAAAGGACAAACAAGAUGCAUCUGAACUCUGUGUGGAACGUGUGGGGAGAGUUCGUGUCCACAAGCAAUGAGGAUGCCAAGCUCCGCAACAGGGUCAUAGACAAGGUGUGGAAAACCAAACAGCUCAAUAAGCUGGCUAGCAGGUGCAGCGAGCUGUUUCUUAACGCUCCGCAGUGUGGAACGUCUGACGAGAACCGCAUUCACAUUUUCAAGUUCGGCCUAUCUCCACGCUACAGAAAAGAACCGCUACUGUACAACAGCGGGCGUGUCGUGAUCCGCAUUCCCUCGGAAAAAGUCGACAAGGUGUGGAGGUCGACACUGGAGAUUGUACUUAAAGAGCAACUUCUCUGGAGCAAACUAGACAACAACGUGGUGGGGAUUACCUGGAAGAGGGCCCCUAGCAGGCACGAAUACAGUCUUAUUCUGUGGCUCACAAAGGAAGGCCACGACCACGACAGCGUUUCGGCGCUGAUGAACGAGGUGAUGCUGCUGUCACCAGAUGAGCUGAAGCCGCUGUUCACCUACUCAAAAUACUAUGUCAAUGCGGAUCACACCUACCACGCGAUAGAUUUGAACGAAAAAAAUUAA